AUGUAUCGGGACGCCGUCAAAAAUAAACAAUAUGUUGAUGAAUUCAAGAAGAAUAUUGAGAAUGUGUAUCAAGUUGAUGGUACCCCGAACUAUGUGUAUCGAAACCCCAACACCGGCAUUAUUCGGUUUCUAAAUGUCGAAACUGGUGAUAGCGAAGCCGUGCGAAUGACUGCUGGUUUACAACGGCUCUUGUUUGAUCCAGCUGGUGUUGUUGCAGACGGAGAAAAGAGUAUCACCAAAGCAGAUUUACAACAUUACAACAAAAUCUACGAGCAUAUGAAUAUUCCUCCUGCGUACGCUAGUUUGCGCGCUUUAUACGACGAAGCUCAGACUUCUCAACCUCCUUCACCUAGUAGCUCUGCUGAUUCUGAACUCAACGACCCCACGUAUGCGCCUGAACAAGAUGAUGAUGUUUAUGACAUAGAUAAUAUCGAGUUUACAGAUGAUGAUGUGAAUGAAGCUGCCGUCCGCAAAAUCACUACAGAGCUGUCUGUGGCCAUACCUUGGGCACAACUGUCAGACACACAAAUCAGUACCAAAGUAGAUGAAUUACGAGCUCAAUUAAUUAAGCUUGAACAGUAUCGAAAUAACCUUUAUUCAGACGAAGGCAUGGAUUCUAAAUCUCCAGAGGUCAAGGCCGUCCAAAAGCUCAUCGCAUCGUGUCAGCGUAAAAUCAAAACAGGAGAGAGAAAACUAACUGAUAACGAAUCUGACAGGCAAGAAGAAGCUGCGUCAAAGAAAGGGAAGAAACCAGCCGCAUCAAAGAAAGGGAAGAAGAAAGGAGGUGCGGUAAAUAAUACUAGUAGUUUCAUAGAGAAUCUUAGACGGUCGAUUUCGACUGUCAAAUAA